UUUAUUCGUUUUAAAAACACAAAAGAUACAAAGAGACACCCUAUGAAUAAUAAGGCACCAGCAGCAGUGGAGGAGCUUUUACAAGUGACGCAGUGGCAACUAAUCUCCUCUGAAUGCUUUCCCACCAGCGAGAAUGAAAAUCACCAGUAGAAAAACAGAUGUGUCACUUCGGCUUUCUGAAGUCGCCCAAAGUUGCCUUGUGAAGAAACUCAUGCAUAUGAUUUAGCUGCAGCAACUACAACACCCAAACAUAUCAGUGCUUUCGUUUCCACUUCUAUCUGAAGUAGCACAGAAAAGAUAUUUGUACAUCCUUAAAGAAGAAAUGAAGGGCAUUUGUCUUGUUCUGCUGAUCGCUGUUAUUGUAGAAUCGGACAAUCACGAUGAUGGAAUUAGUGAGGAUAACAAGGAACUCAGUGAAGAAGAGCUCAAGGAAAUACUUGCACAAUUAAAUAUGCAUUUUGCUGUCAAUAUCUAUAAGCAGGUUGCUUCUUCAGCCCUAAAGGAGAAAAAUUCAGAGCCAAAAAACAUAUUUUUUUCUCCAGUAAGCAUUUCCACUUCCUUGGCCAUGUUAGCUCUAGGAGCAAAAGCUGAAACGCGCCACCAAAUUCUUAAUAGUUUAGCCCCAAAAGAAACACCCAUUCAAGAAGUCAAGAUACAUAAUGCCUUUAAGCAUUUACUCCAGACAUUAAAUAAACCAAAGAAAGACUUGAAAAUUACAGUUGGCAAUGCUGCAUUUGUAGAAGAGGAGCUAAAGUUCCUUAAGAGUUUUGCUCAUGAAGCAGAACGUUAUUACCAAGCAGAUGUUUUUUCCACUAACUUCAAGAAUCCUAAGGAUGCUGAGAUACAGAUCAAUAAUUAUGUUAAUAACCAAACAAAUGGCAAGAUAAAGGAAUUGGUCCGAGGUCCAAGCAUGGAUACUAAGCUGCUACUGGUGAACUACAUCCUGUUUAAAGGAGAAUGGGAGUCCCCUUUCAGUCCAGAUUUUACACGUUUGAGUGUGUUCUCCAUUGACAACAGAACUAAAGUGGAGGUAAAAAUGAUGUCCCGUAUGGGUCGUUUUGAUAUUUUCCUGGAUAAUGAGCUUCCCUGUACUGUACUCAAACUGCCAUAUAUAGAUGAUGCUUUAAUGCUUCUAAUUAUGCCAGAACUAGGCAAAAUCCAGGAGGUAGAAGCAGCAUUGUCUAAAGACACCAUAUUAAGAUGGAGAAAUUCAACAUCUAAAAAAUUUCUACGCCUCUACAUGCCCAAAUUCUCAAUCAGUUCCUCUCUUAAACUGAAAGAGAUCCUCAGUGACGUGGGAAUGAGCAACAUAUUUAGUGACCAGGCGGAUUUCUCUGGGAUUGUGGAAGAUGGGAAACUGACGUUGUCUAAAGUGAUCCACAAAGCAGUUUUGGAUGUUGAUGAAAAGGGAACAGAAGCAGCCGCAGUAACAGCUGUUAAUGUGAUUCGCUAUUCACUAUUAAAAUCUCAGAAAGUUGACAGACCAUUUUUGGUGGUUAUCUGUAGCAAACAAACUGACACCAUACUCUUCAUGGGCAGAAUCGUUAACCCAACCGAGAAGUGACAUUUGCAAGUUGAAUGGAUCUGACUCCUGCACAUAGUGGAUUUAAGGCAACUGUAAGGUUCCAGAUUAUAGUGUUAACAACAAACAUAGCUGCCUUUCUGGUGAUACAAGGUCUAAUUCCAUUAUCUAUAAAAUAUUGUUUUCUAAGUGUUACGUACCAAAAGAUUUAUAAGAAAAACAAAAUAAACAUUAUAAGACAGAUAAGUGGUAGGAAAUCUCUACUAUCCUUACACCAGAGUUAUAUACUGGAAACAGAUUACUUCUGUCUUAUAAAUGGUCCCACUGGUGCUCUGUCUUCGGUACCAUGUAAGAACAAUUGCAGAAUAACUGCUAUAAUGCAACUUUAUUGCAACCCACAUAACAUGUUUCGGGCACCACAGGCCCUUUUUCAAGCGUGUUCUGAAUAGCGCAUAAGCUUUACGUAACCACCACUUUUUUCAAGGGCAAAGGAUCUAAUCAAAGUACAUUAAACAUGUAUGUUUAAACCAGGGCUUGAAAGACCUGAGCUGAGAAGAUGGUGAAAAACAUGGUGUAAAAAUUAUAUUAACACACUGGGGGAGUAACUAGGACUAAGGAAAACAAGUGUAAUGCAGAAACACAAUAGCUUGUAUGGUGUAAAACAUAAAAUGAUUUCUGCAGGAAUAUGGCAUGACAUGUAAACCAUAAUAAAGUAUAUUGUUAUAGCAUUUAAUAAUAAUAUACAGGUAACUCAGACAAAAUCACUUACAAAUGUUUUUUGUAAGUUUUUAACCAAUUAAACAAGUUGCAGAUAAAACUUAGUCCUUAUGAAAAAUGUAUAAUGAAGCUACAGAAUUCUUCAAGCUGGUCUAGUUGACUAGCUUGAAUAUAUUGCAAUUUAUGAACAAACAAUCCCUGGCAGGCUCAUUUCAGUAACUUAAUACACAAAAUGUCUUAAUGUUCUUAAUAUAUUGAACCUCUUGUAUUUGUCUGUAUGAAUUUUGGGGAGUCUCAUCGCACCCCUGCCUAAUAGUUUUUUGCUAUAGUAUAUAUAAUAGUGGAAGUUUCUCUCUAAUAAAGGGUACCAUUUGACCUUAUUUUUUUGUCAUGCAGACUGAACAUUUGCAUAUCACUACUAAUUUUACAGGACAGGGUUUUGUAAAUUAUUAAAUACAAGAUACAUUUUGUAAGAUAAAGUACCUGCAAAUGUUGAAUGAAAUCACCUAUUGUGGUUACUAUUGCAGUUGUUAAGAUGAUUUGAAAAACAGAGGCUAACAUAGUGAAAACCCAUUUAAGUUUUUGUUUACUUCUAAAGUAUAUGUAUUUCAUAACAGAGGAUUAUUUUGUCACAUGUGCUGACAAUGUAACAAAGCAGUUUAUUCUGGGCUCUUGUGCAAGAUAUAUAUAUAUAUUUAUCAAAUGUAUGGUUUGGAAACUUGUAAUUUUGUAUUUAAUAAAAUUAUUACAAAACUA